UCGUCUAUCGAUAAUUUCAGAUAUUGCUAUAUUAUUAUCUUAUGAACUUAAUCAAAUUGUUAUAGUGAUAAAGGGUUUAAAUAAUGAUUAUUAUACGAAAUACAGAAUUAUUCGGGCUGCAGUCGUGUAGGUGACGUUGCGUGGAACAUUGUAGGUUCCACUAUGUUGUUCCUAGUCCUUCUAUGCACCCUUGUGGGGUCCAUUUCAGCUAUUCCACCCCAUCUUGAAGAUGGAUUGGGGUCUGAUUUCGAAUAUUAUAAUACUAAUCUGGAUAAUCCGCAGUAUCGUUUAAAAGAUAAUGUUUAUCCUAUUGAAGUAUUCGUCGAUCUUGACGUCUAUUUGAAAGAGGCUAAAUUUGAUGGAGUCGUCAAGAUUUUGGUCGAGGUACGCGAAGAAAAUAUAACGCAAAUUGUGUUACAUCAAAAGGUAGUCAGAAUCCUGUCAGUGGACGUUUUGAACUCAGCAAACCAACCGGUUCAGUUGCAAGUCCCCAACAUGUUUACAACUGACGAUUAUUACGAACUAUUACUGAUUAACGUCGCCAAUCCGUUGGCUAUUGGACAGUACACUAUCAUCGUGAACUACCUUGGCCAGAUCAACACCAACCCCUUGGACAGAGGUUUCUACAGGGGAUAUUAUUUCUACAACGACGAAACUCACUAUUACGCCACUACGCAGUUCCAGCCCUACCACGCGAGAAAGGCCUUCCCUUGCUUCGACGAGCCCCAAUUCAAAUCACGAUAUGUCAUCUCCAUUGUCCGUGAUAGCAAUCUCAGUCCGUCUUUCUCUAACAUGGCUAUUAAUGAUUCGGCGACAAACGAAGUUGCUCCUGGACGUGUAAGAGAGACUUUCCUUCCCACUCCUAAGAUCUCUGCCUACUUGAUAGCCUUCCAUGUCAGCGACUUCGUAGCAACAAAUUUCUCUAGCACGCCCACUAAGCCAUUCCAAAUCAUAUCCCGCCAAGGAGCUACAGAUCAACACGCUUAUGCCGCGGAUAUUGGCCGUAAGAUCUCUGAUGCACUGGACGAUUAUUUAGCUAUCGAUUACUAUGACAUGGGACAAGGACAACCCAUGAAAAAUGACCACAUCGCUUUACCAGACUUCCCUUCAGGUGCUAUGGAGAACUGGGGAAUGGUUAACUACAGGGAAGCUUAUCUUUUGUUUGAUGGAAACAAUACGAAUAUCAGCAACAAGAUCACCAUAGCCACUAUUAUUGCUCACGAGCUGGCACAUAAAUGGUUUGGAAACCUUGUCACCUGUUUCUGGUGGAGCAAUCUGUGGCUUAAUGAAUCUUUCGCAAGUUUCUUCGAAUACUUCGCAGCACAUAAGGCUGAUCCAAGUCUGCAAUUGUUUGAUCAGUUUGUUGUGAACUACGUACACAGCGCUUUGUCAGCUGACGCAAGCCCUAACGUCAACUCCAUGAACAACAGCGAUGUUAGCAAUAAUCCGUCAAUUACCAGUCAUUUUAGCACCACUAGCUAUGCCAAAGGAGCUUCGGUUCUUUGGACCUUAGAGAACUUCGUCGGUCCUCGUACAUUUAGGACUGCGCUUAGAUAUUAUUUGAGAAGCAGGGCAUAUGAAAUCGGUACGCCAGAAGAUAUGUAUAAUGCAUUCAAAAGAGCGACAUCAGAAGACUUGGAAUUCACACGUAAUUUUCCCGAUGUCGAUAUUGGUAAAGUAUUCGACAGUUGGGUCCAGAAUCCCGGUUCGCCUGUUGUAAAUGUGACUCUUGAUACAGCGAAUGGCGUCAUUACUGUCGAACAGAAACGCUACGUAUUAUCCGGUACUCCACCAGAACAGUUGUGGCAAAUUCCUCUAACUUGGACCUUUGGUAGUGACCCUAAAUUCUACGACACUAAGCCUCGCUUACUUCUGUCCUCUCGUUCAGCUACUAUUCAAGCCUCUACUGGACAUAACUGGGUUAUAUUCAAUAUUGGCCAAUCAGGUUUAUACCGUGUCGCUUACGAUGACCAUAACUGGGAAAUGAUUGCAUCAUACCUUCGGAACGAUGCCAAUAGGUUGAGAGUCAAUGUAAUUAACAGGGCACAGAUAGUGAACGAUGUGUUAUUCUUCAUACGUUCUGACGGAAUCAGCAUUGCUCGUGCUUUCGACGUUCUUAGUUUCCUGAGACGCGAAACUGAUUACUAUGUUUGGGCUGCAGCUAUAGGUCAACUUGACUGGAUUAGGAGGAGACUGGAGCAUAUCGAUGUCGCCCAUCAAGAGUUCGAUAACUUCCUGUUAGAAUCAUUGGAGACUGUUAUUGGAAAUCUUGGAUAUAAUGAACGUAACAGCGACUCAGUACCGACAAUUUUGAAUCGCAUGCAAAUAUUGAAUUUAGCAUGCAACCUUGGCCACCAAGGCUGUGUCAGUGACAGCUUGCAAAAGUGGAAUAAUUUCAGAAAUAAUCCAAGUCAGCUGGUUCCACCAAAUCUUCGCCGUUACGUGUACUGCGUUGGUCUUCGCGAAGGGAAUGCGGCUGAUUACAACUUCCUCUUGAAUCUGUAUAACACGGCAGAGAACACUGCUGAUAUGGUUGUAAUUCUCCGUGCUCUCGCGUGCACAAGGGAUGAAAACUCCCUUCGGAGCUACUUGAAUGAAACAAUGUAUAAUAAUAAAAUUCGUAUACACGAUCGUACGAAUGCCUUCUCCUUCGCCCUCCAAGGGAACAGGGAGAAUCUAGGAAUCGUUCUUAACUUCCUGUAUGAUAAUUUCGAAGAAAUUAGAGAAACAUAUGGCGGUGGUGAUCGGCUCAAUGUGGUGAUCAGCUCCUUGUCCACAUAUUUAACAAACAUUACAGAUAUUGAAACGUUCCAGAACUGGAGUUACACAAAUCAACUGGCCCUUGGGGAAUCAUUCAGCAGCGCUCUGUCUGUUGUACAAUCAGCCCUGAACAACUUAAAUUGGGGUUCUAAUAACGUUGUUGCUAUUUACUCCUCGCUUCUACAAAGAGGAGCGGCUACGUCUAUCACCGUCUCGCUCAUUCUGCUACUUGUAGCUCUUUCAGCACAUAUAUUUAACUAAACUGUAAUUUUUAUUAAGUGAUUACACAAAUAAUCACUUGUUGAUAAUAUUAAUUAUUGAUGCUUAGAGGAACUAUGAUUUUACAUUUUAAAACCAUGAUUUACAAUUCUGUUAAUUUUAAAUUUAAUUUUUUUUUCUAUAAAAAAUGCGGAUUUGUUUGUAUACGCGAUACUAGUAUUUACAAUUAUUAGGUUAUUGUACGAUGUGAAAUAGCGUAUAAAUAUUAAUAAUAUAAAAUAAACCAUGAUAAUUACGCUA